GGUGGUGCACCAGAUGAACCAUUACUUCCUCCAGAGGACCAUGUACGAGAGGGCAUUGUGUUCGAAUAUCUCAAUUACUACGAGGGUGGUAUUCGGAAAGGUGAUUUUAUUCUGGACAUGAUUAUGGAGGGCUUAGCACCUAGGUAUUGUAUCGGAGAGAGGUAUUUGGACAUAAGCCCAGCAGACAGCCUAGCAAGAGCAGCUGCAGCAAAGGAUCUUGUAGAUAAGUGUUUCCGCGUCGGACUGAUCUCAGAAGUUCUACACACUGCCAUUGGGAAUCAUCCAUUUUUCAAGAAGAGAGACCUUCCACGAAGAGACUAUGAUUUGGCUAUGGAUGCACUUAUCAAUCUAGAUGAGAAGAUCUCUGUAGGUAAGGUGAUCUGGUUAUGCAUCGAGCGUAUUUUUCGAUAA